CCAGGUGGAUAAACAAACAGCUGUCCCUGAUCUCCCGUGUCCCAAGAGCCAAGGCUGAAUGACCAUUUAUGUCGUGGUUUUCUCCCUCCCGGCUGCCAUUCCCGGAAGCCGGCAGUAUUCCAAACGGCUGUAGCACUCAAUAUAGCCGGCGCUUAAAGUUCGAACAUUUUAUGAGGGGGCAUAUAAUGAUUUCGACAACUUAGAGCCCGAGAUAGAAAAAAAAGGAAAGCCGAAGUAACCAUGGCAACCGGACAAAGGGGGCGGUGUUGAGGAGGAAGGGAAGGGGCGGGACCGAGGCGCGUUUGCUUUACGGCCUUUUGCGUCGAUUUAGUGGCGGGAAAAGCGACCCGUUCUGAGGCACCGUUGGCAAAGCCGUUCUGCCUUGCUGCCCCUUUCCCUGUCCUGCGUGGGUGCUGUUUGUGCCAGCCAGCAAUGGAGAAGCAGCCCGAGGAGAAAGCCACCGGCGAGCUCGCGGACUCCGGAGGAGAAGGCGGGCAGCCGCAGGCCGCCGGCGCCCAGGAGGCGCACAAAGAGGACCAUAUGACCCUGCUGCUCAGGUUGAGAGCACAGACAAAACAACAACUCUUGGAAUAUAAAUCAGUGGUUGAUGCAAAUGAAGAAAAAACUCCAGAACAACUCAUGCAAGAAAAGCAAAUCGAAGCUAAAAUUGAAGGCCUGGAAAAUGAAGUUGAAGAGGCGAAAAUUGCUUUUGAAAUAAAAAAUCUUGCAUUAGACAGGAUGCAACUUUCAGCUGCACUUAAAAAUACCCUGGAGAAAACUGACUUCAAGACUAGUUUGCUCAUGGAUAACAUGAAACAUGUAUUAGAGCUAAAUAAGUUAAUAAUGACAUCACAGCAGGAAUCUUGGGACUUAGAGGAAAAACUGCUCGAUAUUAGAAAGAAGAGAUUGCAAUUAAAACAAGCUUCAGAAAGUAAGCUUUUCGAAAUACAGACUGAACAGAACAAACAGAAAGAUGAUUUGGACAAUAUGGGAAAUUCGGACAAGAUAAAGGCCAUACGAAAAAACCUAGAGCGGGAGAUACAAAUUACUACAGUUAUUCAAAAUGUGUUCCAGAACCUCAUUUUGGGGAGUAAAGCCAACUGGGCAGAGAAUCCUGCCUUAAAGAAAACUGUUCUGCAGUUUGAGAAGAAUCUUGCCAUGAUCUAAUAAAACUUCUAUUUUAGCUUUUUUUUUUAGUCUUUGAUAUGUCAUUUAAAUAGCAAAUUUCAAGUGAAAUGUAUUUUCAGUAUUUUUGGAACUGUUCAAUACUGCAUCUUUUUUUUUAAUCUUGAAUUAUCACUAUAAUAUGGAAUCUCUUG